CAGUCUCUCGUUUUGCUCAAAAAAGAAAAAGGAAAAGAAAAACAGUCGCUGGUGGAAUAGUCCCCCCGACGCGCUCCCUCCCUCCGUCUCUACCCCGACGUGUGCUCGGCGGCGGCGGCGGCGGCGGCGAACUCCGGCGGACAAGGCUUCACGGGCGGCAAGGUCGAGAGGCGGCGGAGCCAUGGAGGAGGACGCCGAGGGCAUGGACCGCCUCGACAUGGACGGCGACUUCGUGGGCGGCCGCUUCGACCGCGACGGGGAGUUCUACUACAAGAGCCGCCGCCAGCGGGCGCCCCAGACCCGCGACGACGCUGUCUACGGCGUCUUCGCCGAGGGGGACUCCGACUACGACUCCGAGGAGGACGAGGCGUCGCGCCGGCGCCGGCGCCGCAAGCGCCGCAACGACGACUCCGAGCCCGACCUCACCAGGCCCGUGCAGUUCGUCUCCAAGGGCAUCAGUGCCCCAAAGCCAGAGGAGGAGGAGGAGCAGCAGAGGUCUGGGCUUGGCCAGGCCGCAUCCUCCUCGGCCGCCGCCGCCUCCCAGGAGGAUGCAGAGGACGACCAGGAGCCGUACAUGGGCCUGCCUACGGGGUUUGGGCAGCGGAUCGCCGAGGGUGCGCGCGCGAGGCGGGAGGAGAAGGAGCGGCAGCAGGAGUCUGCCAAGCGCCGGCGCGGUGCAUCCGGGGCAGGGUUUGAAUCUGGAAAACCGGCACCGCCACCUGGGAGCCUGGAGUCCAACACCAAGGUGGCUAAGAUGAUGGCUAUGAUGGGGUACAAGAGAGGAGAAGGCCUCGGCAAGAAUGCUCAGGGAAUCACUGCACCAGUGGAGACCACCUUGCGCCCCAAGAACGCUGGACUCGGCAGCGUCGAGGGGUUUAAGGAGCCCAAAGCUUUCACUCCCAAGGAAAACUUGCCACCCCCACCUCCUCCACCGCCUGCCAAGAAGGAAAAGCAACGGUGGUCCAAGAAGGCCAGCGCGAAGAAGGAUCAGGUAUUGACUAAGAAUGAGCUGUUGGCAAGGCGUGCCGAGCAGGAACAGGAUGAGCAGCCCACACUUGUCCAAAAGGUGAUUGACAUGCGAGGGCCUCAGGCUCGUGUGUUGACAGACUUGAAGGGGUUGAGUACUGAACAUGAGAUGGAGGCAAAUGAUGUGCCAAUGCCGGAGUUGCAAUACAAUGUGCGGCUGCUUGUUGAUGAGACUGAGGCUGAUAUUGUCAGGUUGGAUGGGCAGCUGCGACGGGAGCAGGAGAAGGUGGCUAGUUUGGUGCGUGAGAAGGAGAAAGUAGCAAAGCAGGAGGCUUUGCAGAAACACCAGCUGCAAGUUAUGGAGACAAUUGCAAAUGUGCUGGAGAAGGUCCGGGUUGAUGACACUGCUGGUUUGCUCACUCUGGGGGGGUUGCUUAAGACCUUCCAGGAAUUGAAGUUGCGAUAUGAGGAGGAGUUCAAAAUUUGCAGUGUUGCCUGGGUUGCUUGCCGAUUUGCGCAUCCACUACUUAUCCGGGUAUUUCAGGGGUGGCAGCCGCUGCAGAAUCCAUUGUUUGGCUUGGAGGUCAUGUCAUCGUGGAAGGAUUUGCUGCAGGGUGACCAGCCAUAUGAUUUCUCAGAUGCUACUGAAUCAAUGGCUCCAUAUGCACAGCUGGUCAGUGAGGUCAUCCUACCAGCUGUGCGGAUAUCAGGAACUAAUUCAUGGAAGGCUAGGGAUCCAGAACCAAUGCUCCGUUUUCUUGAGUCAUGGGAACGGUUGCUGCCCCCUAUCGUGCUCCAUUCAAUAUUGGAGCAUGUAAUAAUGCCAAAGCUCACAGCUGCAGUUGAAUCUUGGGACCCGCGGAGCGAGAAUGUACCAAUCCAUGUAUGGGUACACCCAUGGCUGCCAACUCUAGGGCAAAGGAUAGAUACACUGUGCCACUCUAUCCGGUACAAGCUGAGUAGUGUCCUCCAAUUAUGGCAAGCUCACGAUUCAUCAGCUUAUGCUGUGCUAUCUCCAUGGAAGGGUGUAUUUGAUCCAGCAAGUUGGGAAGACUUGAUAGUGCGUUAUAUCAUUCCUAAACUGAAAAUGGCACUCCAGGAGUUCCAGAUUAACCCAGCAAGCCAAAAGUUUGACCAGUUUAACUGGGUUAUGAUCUGGGCUUCUGCUGUCCCGGUACACCAUAUGGUCCAUAUGUUGGAAGUUGAUUUCUUUAGCAAGUGGCAGCUGGUUUUGUACCAUUGGCUGAGCUCACCAAAUCCUGAUUUCAAUGAGAUAAUGAAUUGGUAUAAGGGCUGGAGGGGCCUUUUCCCACCAGAGUUACUUGCCAAUGAACGCAUACGGAUGCUUCUAACGGCUGGUCUUGAGAUGAUGAACCAAGCUGCUGAAGGACAUGAGUUGGCACAGCCAGGGGCUAGGGAGAAUGUUGGCUUCUUGAGAGCAACAGAGAAGCGGCAAUUUGAUGCAGCACAGCAAGCAUCGCAAUACCCAUCUUACCAUGCUGUGCCAGGAGCAGCCAUGUCAGAGAUGAGCUUCAAGGAGUCUAUUCAGGCAUAUGCGGGUGACCAAGGUUUGUUGUUUAUGCCUAGAGUUAACAAAUUCUACAAAGGUAUGCAAGUGUAUGAAUUUGGCACCGUGAGUAUUUGCAUUGAUUCCGUCAAGCGACUACUCUAUGCCCAACUCCAAGAGGGAGCUGAACGGUGGAGUUCUGUGUCUCUUACACAAUUGCUGGAAAUGAACAGGAUGGCAAGACCACAUUAGGAGAUCAUAUAUAACUUGGAAGUUUCAUGUGAUCAUUUUUGUGAGCAAUGUUGUAGAAUUACUUAUAAAGAACAAAGUUUCUGAUGAUGUAUCUGAAUGUGAUUUUCCACAUUUCAACAUGGAACUCGGUUUUUAUUGUCCUACAAUGAAUAAUUGAUGCAGAACUGUUUCUACCUGUA